AUGAGGGUUGACUUUGCGUGUCUCCAAGAAACGCAUGCCUCAUCGCACGAGUCCAUAAGAAAGUGGUUCGGUAAUACUGGUUACAGGGUUGUAUCCUCUUCGGUGUCAAAUAAAUCUUGUGGCACUGCCAUUCUUGUAAGGGAUACACAUAAGGUCAAUAAGGUCAUUAGGGAUGAGGAGGGCCGUUUUGUGCAAGUGCAUCUGGAGGCUGACGAACACUUGCUUUCUUUCGUCUCUCUGUACGCCCUGAAUAAGAACGCGGAGCGUAAUCGGUUCUUUUCCUCAAUCCCAGAACUUAUUGACUUGAGUUGCCCCACAUUCAUUUGUGGGGAUUUUAACAGUGUCUUGGACAGUGCUUUGGAUCGGAAGCGUCGGUCAACUUACACUGGGAGCCAGACGGCUCAAUAUCAGGAAAGUGGGCCGGCAUUACAAUCUUUGCUUUCGGCUACCCAAACCUAUCCGUUGUGGCGAACAUUACAUCCAGGUCAGACGGCCUACUCCUGGACCCAUGGGUCUGGGCAGUUUGCUUCACGGAUAGAUAUGGUUUGGGCCCCCACUGUUUUCCAAGACAACAUCAAGGAGUGUGAAUACCAUCCCUCCUUUUUUAGCGACCACUCUUAUUUGCUGGUCAAAUUUGAGUUCGAACAGAACUUUAGGGGUCCAGGGGUGUGGAAAUUCAACAGGUCCCUCCUGGAUGACCCCGAGUAUUGUGACCUCGUCGCGUCCUUUUGGUCCUUCUGGCAGAGUAGGGAGGGUUCUGAUGAGUACUCUUCCUUGCUGGAUUGGUGGGACCAAGGCAAGUACUAUCUGCGAGAGGUCACUCGUACAUUUUCCAAGGCAAAGGCCGAGGAUGGACGUAGUCGAAAGUCUUCCCUAACACGACAAAUGCAUCAGUUGCAACGCCUCUUCGAGGCUGGUGAUUCAUCUGCUUUUGCACAGCUUUGUCAGGUGCAGGAAGACCUACGUCAAAUAGCGUUGCACGAAGCCCGGGGGGCACAAACAAGAGCUAGGUGCCAGUGGGCGGAGGAGGGGGACUCCUCAUCGUCCUAUUUCUUUGGGCUCGAGGCCAAACAUCAGGCACGCCAGAAGGUGUCGGCUAUCCGUGACCCUGUAUCGGGUCAGGUGUGUCAUGACCCUAUUGAUAUUUUAGGCGUGUGGCAACGUUAUUAUGCCUCCCUUUUUACUGCUCAGCAGUGUGACCCAGUCGCACAAGAUGAAAUGUUGGCAAAGGUCACUCGCAAGCUUUCCCAGGGGGAACGUGAUGCUUGUGAGGGCCUUUUGACUGAGCAGGAGUGUUAUUCCGCCUUGUCAGGCAUGCCGCAUGGUAAAACUCCGGGGUCGGACGGCUUUCCGAUGGAGUUCUACCUGCGCUUUUGGCAAUCCUUCGGCACUGAUCUG